CGACCGAGCGACCGAGCCGAGGCGAGCGGGCGUGUCCGUCCACCUGCGCCUCUGCCCGGCCUCGCUGUGUCCGCUGUGCCCUCUCCUCCUCCACCCGCAGCAUCCUGGUGCUGCACCACCCUGCACUGCAUCAUCCGGCAGCGGCCUGUGAAUCAAGGGUGGAGGGAUGGAUGGAGCCGGGCAGGGCCUCUGUCUGUCUGUCUCCACCAUCUGAUUUCACCACAUUAAAGUGAAUUUCCACUUGCUAAGACUGUCUUAAGACUAGUCUUUAAGACUGACGGAUACACCAGGCGAUGGUCACGUCUCUGCACGAGGACAACGACAGCGUGACGGUGGAGUGGAUCGAGAACGGAGACACCAAAGGGAAAGAGAUCGAUCUGGAGAGCGUCUUCGCUCUCAAUCCAGACGUCGCUCCUGAUGAGGAGAUCCCACAGAGUCCUGAAGCUCCUCUUCCUCCAUCCAGCGUCUCCAAAACCAGCAAACUCCCCAAGACCAAACGGAUUACAUCGAUACCUAAAGCUGAGAACGCUCCGCGAGAGAACAGAGCUGCUGCCGUCGGAACCACCCGAGCUCGUCCCAGCCAGCACAGCCAACCUGCAGAGCCGCCUCCACCCGCCAUCGCCCCGCAGACCGCCCUGAACCAGUCGCUGCUGCAGCAGCAGAACGCUCGGAGGAAAUCAAACUGUGUGAAGGAGGUGGAGAAACUUCAGGAGAAACGAGAGAAGAGACGACUGCAGCAGCAAGAGCUGAGAGAGAAGAGAGCACAGGAAGUGGACGUGAAUUUACCAAACUAUGAAAUCAUGUGUAUGAUCAGAGACUUCAGAGCCAGCCUGGACUACAGACCGUUAACCAGCAACGACCUGAUCGAGGAGCACAGGAUAUGUGUGUGUGUGCGUGCACGUCCGCUCAAUAAAAAAGAGCUGUCGGUGAAGGAUCUGGACGUGAUCACCAUCCCCAGUAAGGACGUGGUGAUGGUCCACGAGCCCAAGCAGAAAGUCGACCUGACCCGUUACCUGGAGAACCAAACCUUCCGAUUCGACUACGCCUUCGACGAGAACUCCACCAAUGAAAUGGUCUACAGGUUCACCGCUCAGCCGCUGGUCGAGACCAUUUUUGAGAGAGGGAUGGCGACCUGCUUCGCGUACGGACAGACUGGAAGUGGAAAAACACACACGAUGGGAGGCGACUUCUCUGGAAAGAACCAGGACUGCUCUAAAGGGAUCUAUGCACUGUCUGCCAGAGACGUUUUUCUCAUGAUAAAGAAACCAAAUUACAAGAAGCUGGAUCUCCAAAUCUUUGCCACAUUUUUUGAGAUUUACAGCGGGAAGGUGUUUGACCUGCUGAACCGCAAAGCUAAGUUACGGGUCCUGGAGGACGGGAAGCAGCAGGUCCAAGUGGUCGGUCUGCAGGAGAGGGAGGUGAAGUGCACAGAGGACGUCCUCAAACUCAUCGAAGUGGGCAACAGCUGCAGGACCUCUGGUCAGACCUCGGCGAACGCUCACUCCUCUCGGAGCCACGCUGUGUUCCAGAUCAUUCUGCGCCGGCGGGGGAAGAUGCACGGAAAGUUCUCCCUCAUCGACUUGGCGGGGAACGAGAGAGGGGCGGACACGUCCAGCGCUGACCGCCAGACUCGCCUCGAAGGAGCUGAGAUCAACAAAAGCCUGCUGGCACUAAAGGAGUGUAUUCGAGCUCUGGGCAGGAACAAACCUCACACUCCGUUCAGAGCCAGCAAGUUAACUCAAGUCCUGAGAGACUCGUUCAUUGGAGAAAACUCCAGAACAUGCAUGAUCGCGACCAUCUCUCCUGGAAUGGCGUCGUGUGAAAACACCUUGAACACGCUGAGAUACGCCAACAGAGUAAAGGAGUUUGGGAUCAGUCCCUCAGAUAUUCCUUUCUCCCAGAGCGGGGGUGGAGGUGGUCGCUCCGAACUCUCCCCGACCUACGAGGUGAAGGAGCUCACCGUGGACCCGACGGCAGCGAUGGACAGCCGUCAGGGAGGACACAUCAACCAGCUGGAGGUGCUGGAGGCUCAGUGGGGGGUCGGGAGUUCUCCACAGAGAGACGACCUGAAGCUGCUCUGCGAACAGAACGAGGAAGAAGUUUCUCCUCAGCUCUUCACCUUCCAUGAAGCCGUCUCUCAGCUGGUGGAGAUGGAGGAGCAGGUUCUGGAGGACCACCGGGCGGUGUUCCAGGAGUCCAUCCGCUGGCUCGAAGACGAGAAGGUUCUGCUGGAAAUGACGGAGGAGGUCGACUACGACGUCGAGUCGUUCGCAACUCAACUAGAACAAAUCCUCGACCAGAAGAUCGACAUCCUCACCGAGCUGAGAGAUAAAGUCAAGUCUUUCCGCUCGGCGCUGCAGGAAGAGGAGCAGGCGAGCCAACAGAUCACCCCGAAGAGGCCUCGAGCUCUAUAGACGGAAAAGCUGAAGGAUUUCACUGUAACGCCGACUCGUCUUCAGAAAGAUGGUUUAUGACUUCCUGUCUCUCUCUCUCUGUUCGUUUGGUCUCUCCUCUCUGCUGUACAGGCCGCCAUCGCUUCCCAUCAUGCAUCCGUCCACCUGUAAAACCAGAGCGCAGCCGCCUGCUGCUCCUCAUCCUCCUGUGAAGUGUGUUUACAAGGUUUUUGUAUGUGUGCUCAGUCACAAGUGCUUCAUUUUAAACAACAAAAUAAUGAUAAUUAUUUCUUUUAAAUACAUUUUUAUAGGGUCAAUCAUAGCUUAUCCUCACGUUGGCCAAUUUUAUAAGCAACUUUUUUGCCAUUUUGUGCAAUAUUCUGAGGGUUUUCUUCCCGUUCGUCCCCAUGUUUCAGCUCAGGGGUGAACCGGAGGAGCAUGUGGAGUCUGUGUGUAAGACGAGCCAAUGUGUGUUUGUGUUGAUAAUGUGUGUAAAAUAUACGUCUGACUGAGAGGAAGCUGCAGACACUGAACUAACCUUGCAUUAUGUGAAUUGACCUGAAGGGGGCGCUGUAAUCAAAGACAAAGCAACUGAUUGAUCAGAGCGUUCCACAACGGCAACCACAGCAAUUUUUAAUUUGCCAAAAUAAACGAAGGUUACUUCUUGUUGCUCGA